AUGUCGACAUCACCCGCGCGCGAAGGAUCCGCGAAUGCCGCCUCGAAUGACACAGCCGAAGAGAAACCACGGUUGUCGGAGCACGAGAAGAAGGCAAACCAUAUCGCAUCAGAACAAAAGCGCCGGCAAGCCAUCCGCGAAGGAUUCGAUCGUCUCACCGAGUUAGUCCCCGGCCUCGAAGGCCAAGGCAGGAGCGAAAGUGUCGUCCUGAAGAAGACUGUGGAUUAUAUGCGUGCGCAGCUGGAUGAGAGGAGGAGGCUGGUGGCGAGGAUUGAGGAGCUUGGCGGCCACGUUGACGAUGGAAUGAGACGGUGA